AUGGCUUGUUUUUCUUCUAUGUAUUGGGCCCUUGUGGGUCUCUUGAUGAUGUCUUCAAGUGCCAAUGCGUUGCAAGCGCCAAUGCCAUUGGUAACUCAGCAAUCACUGAUGGCCCAUGCCGUGACGGCAUCGCUCCAGCGUGGUGAAAACUCUCUUUGGAACAGCGUGUUGCCGGCAAAGACGACUCAUGAUCAUGCAGCGACCCUCAAGAUCUUGUUGGUGGAAGCCAACAACUUUUGGAUUGCCGAUGGAUGGGAUGUGGCCCGAAACAUUGGAUUGGGCAUUACGGCUGUUGUCUUUUUAUUGGCGGGAGUAACCUAUCUGUAUGCCAGCUUUAUUAUUCCCGUGGCGGCGCAAGAGUUGGAGAAGGAGUGCAAGGAAUUGAACCCGGAACUCUGGGCGGAAUACCAAGCCAAGUUGGGAGACGGAGAAACCAUUGCGACACGCCCGGAUCUCAUGCAGGAAAUGGGAAUGAAGUUACAACCUCUCUUGGAAGCCAAGCUUGCUGCUGCCGAGGCAGGGGAAGGGGAAGCUGCUAGUAAUAAGAUGCCCUCGGCGUUGGAAACUACCAUGAACCCCAUGGGAAGCAACAGCGGUGUUAUUGAUGCAGAGGUGGUCCAAGACGACGUACCUACAAUCAAACUGACAUCUACGGAUCAGUGGGACUCUCCCGAAGACACGAAGAAAUCGUCUUAA